AGAGGGCCUGGGGCGGAUGGAGCCUUCAGCCAGCAGGAGGGCACAGGGAGACAACCUGAGCUACUUCAUAGAGGAUCCAGGCACCGGGACGCUGUACAGGAGGGGCCAGCUCUUGGGAAAGGGAGCUUUCGGCCAGUGCUACAAGUUCACGGACACGUCCACCGGCAAGGUCUACGCUGUCAAGAUCGUCCCCCAGUCCCGCAUCUCCCAGCUGGAGAGCAGGGGGAAGGUCGAGAGGGAAAUCGAGCUGCACAGCCACCUGAACCAUCGGCACGUCGUGGGCUUCCACCGGCACUUUGCUGACCGGGGCAACAUCUACAUGAUCCUGGAGUACUGCAGCCGCAAGUCCCUUGCCCACAUCCUGAAGGCCAGGAAAACGCUGACGGAGCCAGAGGUCCGAUAUUACCUGAGGCAGAUCGUUGCGGGGCUAUGCUACCUCCACCAGCAGGGCAUCAUCCACCGCGACCUCAAGCUGAGUAACUUCUUCCUCACGAAAAAUAUGCAGGUGAAGAUCGGGGACCUGGGGCUGGCGACGAGAGACGAGCAGGCCAGCCAAAGACGGGGCGUGGUGUGUGGGACGCCCAACUACCUGGCCCCCGAGGUGAUCGCCAAGAAGGGGCACUCCUUCCAGUCCGACAUCUGGGCCCUGGGCUGCAUCAUGUACACGGCUCUGACAGGCUGCUCCCCCUUCGAGAUCACCCACAAGCAGGAGAUGUACCAGUGCAUCCGGGAGGGCCGGUACCCCGCCCCCAACCACCUCUCGCCCGGCGCCAGGAAGCUGAUCGGCCGCCUGCUGGCGCCCCGCCCCUCGGAGCGGCCCAGCCUGGAGGAGGUGCUGGAGCACGAAUUCUUCACCCAGGGUUUCACUCCGGACAAGCUGCCGUCCCGCGCCUGCCACUCGGUGCCCGUCUUCGCCCUGCCCAAUCCAAUCGGCAAGCUCCUGCAGAAGGCGGCCAAAGUGCUGUUCAGGGGGUUGCCGUGCCAGGAGCCCCAGGCAGGUAGCCCGGUGCCCGGCGAGGAGCCGGAGAAGCUGACGAGCCAAUCCUGGCAGGCUCAGAACCUGCCCAGCACGGAGCAGCACAGCGAGGUGGAAGGAGGCAGUGUCCAGGCUAUGCCAUUGACCAAGGGCCCCCACAUGUUCUCCAUCCAUCUGCUCAUGACGGGAGCUCUCAGGCCCAGAUGCUCCAGUGCCGACUCAGAUGAAGGCUGGAGCGUGGGGAGCGCGGUGCAGUCAGUCACGAGGGUGCUGAGCAGCUGCCUGGAGAACAUGCCUCUGGCCGAGCACAACCCUGUGCAGCGCCUGGCGCCACCCGUCCUCUGGGUCACCAGGUGGGUGGAUUAUUCCAACAAGUACGGCUUCGGCUACCUGCUCUCGGACGGCUCUACGGGCGCCCUGCUCGCCGACGGCACCCACCUAGCCCUCUGCCCGCAGCCCCCGCGUGUCUGCUACUGCCCAGGGCGUGGGGAGGCCAUGUCCUUCCCCCGGAGCGACGUGCCCGCCUUCCUGGCCACGAAGAUGGGCAUCCUGCACUUCUUCUCCCAGUACAUGCAGCAGAAGCUGCUGGAGGGGGGGAGCGAGCCGGCGGGUCCCAGCAGCUCCUCGGACGCCCCCUGUCUCCUAUGCUGUGCCAAGUCGGACCGGGCGCUGCUGAUGCUCUUCAGCAAUGGGACGCUGCAGGUCAAUUUCUAUCACGACCACACCAAGCUCGUGCUGAGCUGCCCAGGGGGCGGGCACCUCCUGACCUUCAUCGACCAGCAGCGCAUCAGUGCCACCUUCCCGCUGGGCGCCCUGGCCGCAGGGGGCUGCGCCCCGGCCCUGCGGGAGCGCCUGCAGUAUGCCCUCGACAUGGCCCACUGCCUGUAGCUGCCUCCGCUGUCCCCCCGGGACUCUCCCGCCCCCAGGAGCCAGACCCACUGCCCAGCACCUGGCGUGGCAUGGACAUGGACACAGGGCGGCUGAGGUGAUGUUGUGGCCCAGGGCAGGCCCAUUAGGGGCUCUUAUGGGACCCAAUUUGAUGAUCAAACUCUACUCCCUGGCUUGGGGGGGUGCUGUGGAGACAUGGGUCCUUUCCACUCUGCCCCUCGCUCCCCCUGGAAUCAACGGGGCCUGGAGGUGCCCGUUUGCCCGAUGCUAAUGCCGGCCCAGGAGCUUCACCCACUGGCGUCCCCUGAGGAUGGGAUUUGGGGCGCUGCAAACGGGCCUUGGCCUCCAGGGGUGGCUCCCAAAGGGGAGCUGGAGCAGCGGUUGGCGGGGGCCACUAGGCUGCCUGGAAUGGCUGGGGCCAGUGGCCAGGCAAACUGGGGAGUUGCCUGCAGGGUCUGGGACUGGAGCUGGCCGGGCCUGACUGCUCUGCACUGGCGGAGGGUGGGGAAGGAGCCUGCUAGGCCAGGCUCCCGCCCAGACUGGAGCCAGGAUGGGAAGGGGGCACUGAAAGCCAAGGUUACGUGAUGGAGGGAGGUGCUCUGAGGAGGCAAGAGAACCCAGGAGUGCAAAUGCAGGAGGUGUGACAGGGUCAGGCCAGAUGGUUACAGGAGAGUGAUCCUAUUGGGAUCCAGGAAGUGGGGGGGGGGCAGAAGCCCACUGCUAAAGGACCCCCCUCAGUCUAAGGGGAGGAUCCACAGGACCUGGAAACCAAGUGAUUCCGGGGGACAACUAAUGAAAUAACAGGGACAGGAGUGCGGUCAAAGGGUCAAAUGAAGGGAACCUGAUGGGGACACUGAGCAGAGAACCCCAGACAGCACCCAGUGCUCCUCGAAGGCGUCAAGGGAGCCAGUGGAUGCCGCCCAGAGGAACUCUGCCCAGAUGCAUGAACAGACAGAAGGCAGAUAUAUUAGCCCCAGAUUAAGCAGUUCCCUUUUCCCUGGGUAAGGAAACAGGGGCAGUUCCAGAACAAUCAGGAACGUGCUGGAACCAUGUAAGGUAGGCAGGCUUAUUAGGAUACCUGGAGCCAAUUAAGGGGCGUGGGCAUGGGCAUGCUGGUGCUGCUGCUGCUGGAGGACUGAGGAGUACAAAUGCUACCUGGCGUCAGGAGGAAGGUCCUGUGGUGAGGUUAGAGAAGGGGUUAGGAGGAGGCCAUGGGGAAAUAGCCCAGGGAGUUGUAGCUGUCACAAGAAACACUGUAGACUGCUGUGAUCCACAGCGCCCUGGGCCCGGGAUCCCCCCAACUCCCUAUUGGAUACAGGAGUUGCCCUGGACUGUGGUCCCACCAGAGGGGAAGGUCCCUGGCCUGUCGCCCAACCCACGAGGUGGAUCAGCAGAGACUGUGGGGAUUGUUCUCCUUCCGUUUCCCCGCACUGGCCAGUGCUGAGGGUAGCUGAGUGAACGGCGGGUUUGAGCCACUAGCCAAAGUGGCCAAACUGAGGGCUGCCGUGGACCUCAGAGGCGAGCAAAUCCACCAAUAAGCGCAGGACCCACCAAGGCAGAGGAGGAACUUUGUCACAGACGGGGAGGGAGCUGGCUGGAGGGCAAGUGGCGGAAGGUGAAGGAGCUGUGGGGAGGUCAGGGGUGUCUGGUUGGUUCUGGGCCCCACUGAGUCUGAACUCCUCUCCCUGCCCAAGGAGGCAGCCUGGCCUGGCCCGGCCCAGUGGUUCCGGCCGCACCCUGGCUUGUGAGUGAGGGUGGGGCAGGUGCCAGCUGGUGCUGAGGGUGGGGGGGAGCAGGGACAGAGAGGGGCUGUUCACACACACGUACCCCAGUGCUGGGGGGUGCAGAAACCACCGGGACAGCAUGGAGGGGCAGGGCAAUGCAGGAUGUGAAGUGGGGGCCUGCAGAGAGGGUGCGAGGGGAAUGGGCAGAGCUGCGAGGCCCAGGAGAGCCCAGGGCUCGGAGAGCCCGACCAGCGGGUCUCUAGCUGCAGCCCGCUGGCAGCGCAGGGGCUGGGCUGGCGUAAGUCACAGAAACGCUGUUCCACAUUAAACUCCUAUGGCCGCCG